AUGACUGUGAAGACGAUAUACAUUGCCAGACACGGGUACCGGUCAAACUGGCUACCCACUCCACCAGCUCACCCGGCACCACCUACAGGUGUGAACAGCGAUGUGCCAUUGGCACCACAUGGGAUUGAACAAGCGAGGGAGCUAGCCCACUACUUGAUUUCGAUUGACAAUCAACCACAGCUUAUUGUAUCCUCGCCUUUGUACAGGUGUUUGCAAACGAGUGAGCCUAUUGCUGAUCUUUUAGAGCUUCCUAUCUAUUUCGACAGAGGAUUAGGCGAGUGGUAUAAGCCGGACCGUGACGUUAUCCCUGAGCCAGCAUCAUAUGAUAUAUUGAACAACUUCUUCCCGGGCAAGUUGAAGAGCGAGUGGCCACAUAGUGUUAUUCCUAGCAAUAAGGGUGAGACCGAGGAGGAGAUUUUUGAACGGUGCAAGAAGUUUUGGCCUGUGUUCAUCAAGACUGUAGAGGAGCGUUUCCCAGAAGUGGAGACGAUACUGCUAGUGACGCAUGCUGCCACUAAGAUUGCGCUUGGUAUGACUCUAUUGAAGUUUAACAGUGUCAGAGACACUUUGGAUGAGGACGGAAACGUUAUCCAUUGUGGUAGUUGUUCGUUGGACAAGUACGAAUUAUUGGAAGACGAGGAAGACGAAGAAGCAGAAGACGAGGAAGGGAGCUCGGUCCCACCUUUCGAAGAGAGACAAUGGAAGCUAACUAUGAACGGUAACACGGAGUUUUUGAGCGGAGGAGAAGAGAUGAACUGGGACUUUAGAUACGGCUUUGAAGCAGGGUCCGAUGACGAUAUUAAGCAAAGACGCAAGCUUCAAGAGAAGAAGAAUGGUGCUUCUUCUAGUGCCCCUCAAAGUGCAGGAUCUGAUGCUGGCGCUGCUUCUGAUUCGGUUGCAGCAUCUGGAUCUGGCCAAGAAGGUGGUGACUCGCAAGAAGAGUAUGAGCAUGUCUACGUGAGCUUGGACGUCGAAAACCGCAACUACCGUGAAAAACAAACGGUACAGAACCAGGCCACGUUGCAGCAUUCAGGACUAGAGUCCGAUAAGCCCUUGGUCAAGAUUGGUGACAAUGUCUACGAGGGCACCUGGAAAAAGCCACUUGGCACUGAACUAGCCUUCGCUAGCGAAGGGUCCAAGUCCGAUUCCAAGACUGACUCCAACGACUCAGAUAGUAAAACCACCGAUCGCGUGUACAGAGUUACUGACAGUAUAGACCUCCAUCCAAUCCAACCUAUGUAA